CUUGGAGGUUUUUUCCAACCUAAAUAAUUCCAUGAUUCUAUAUGAGCUAAAACCUGAGAAUUCAAACAAUCAUCCUGUUGUAAUGGAAAGGAAUUGCUUGGAGUCAAAUUGAUAGCAGUAGAAAUUAGGAGUGCAUACAAAAUGUGAGUUAUUGUGACUGAAAAACCAAACACGAUCACGUAACUGAAAAUAUGGCACUUGCUUAUUUCACUGCAUCUGAGCCAGUUGGGAUGGGGACAGGAAUCCCUGAGGCAAGAGAUCCUGUAGUUCUGUGGCAGCAUUAAACAAACAUGUAAACAUUAGUAAUCCACUGUUGUUUGUAUGCAAGAUAGUGAGAGGAUUGUUAGUUUCGUUCUUUAAACAAUAAGGAAAAGCUGUAAAGGUACUGGGCAAGUGUGGAACACAUCUUUUCAGUUUCAGAGUAAGUGAAAUGUUUAAUUUUCUUGUUUAAAAGUGCCAGUGUUGCAGUCCCUCUAGAAGGAGGAAGCAGCCAUGGAGUGUUCCCAGUGGGUACAUGAAUGACUCUGGGGGAAUUCUCAUGGCUCAGUUAUAGAUCACUUUUCAUAAUUCUGAUUUCAGCAUGUAACACCCUGUGACUAGGAUGGCUUCCUAGCUUUAAGGCUCUCAGUCUGGUGUAAAGCUGAUGGGUGGGAGCAAAGGUAAAGAAUGAUGUAAUGCAGCAGCAGCCAGAAAGCAUCUUUUGUGUGGAUUGUGAAAUGGCUACUCCGUAGUCAUCUCCCGAUGAAUCAGACGUGAGGGGCCGCUUUGUGGAGCCAACCCUUUGUACAUCAACUGGAAGCAGGAGGAGACAUUCAGUCCAAGAGCUCUUUCUGAAAAUGGAUUUAACUUUUCUUUUGCCAGUCACCACCAGCAUGACCUCAUACACUUCUAGUACAAUGGUGUGGCUAAGCCUUUGAGUACACAGCCAUUACAUCAUCGCAGCAAAUUAGAGAGGGAGGUGGGAGAGAGGCCUCGUUGUUGUCAUGGCCGAUGAGAUGAGCAGGACCCAAGUCAUUGUCCCAGAGAAGCUGGUGGCUCUGCUGGAGAGCGGGACAGAGAGGUUGCUGCUGAUUGAUAGCCGCCCCUUUGUGGAAUACAACACCUCCCACAUCCUGGACGCCAUCAACAUCAACUGCUCCAAGCUCAUGAAGCGCAGGCUGCAGCAGGACAAAGUGUUGAUCACAGAGCUCAUUCAGCAUUCAGCAAAACACAAGAUUGAAGUUGAUUGCAAGCAGGAAGUGGUGGUGUAUGACCAAAGCUCUAAAGAUGUGACCUCUCUCUCAUCUGAUUGCUUUCUUACUGUGCUCCUGGGCAAACUGGAGAAGAAUUUCAGCUCUGUGUAUCUGCUUUCAGGUGGAUUUGCUGAGUUCUCCAGCUCUUUCCCUGGUCUCUGUGAAGGAAAAUCCACACUCAUCCCUACUUGCAUUUCUCAACCCUGCCUACCUGUUUCCAACACUGGCCCAACUAGAAUCCUGCCUCAUCUCUAUCUUGGGUGUCAGCGAGAUGUCCUCAACAAGGAGCUGAUGCAGCAGAAUGACAUUGGCUAUGUCCUGAACGCCAGCAAUACUUGUCCAAAGCCUGAUUUUAUUCCAGAAUCCCAUUUCCUCAGAGUGCCUGUGAAUGACAGCUUUUGUGAGAAAAUUUUACCUUGGUUGGAUAAAUCAGUUGAUUUUAUAGAAAAAGCAAAAGCAUCCAAUGGCCAUGUGUUGGUGCACUGUUUAGCUGGGAUAUCUCGCUCUGCCACAAUUGCCAUUGCAUACAUCAUGAAAAGAAUGGAUAUGUCCUUGGAUGAAGCUUACAGAUUUGUGAAAGAAAAGCGACCAACCAUUUCUCCCAACUUCAACUUCCUGGGCCAGCUUUUGGACUUCGAGAAGAAGAUCAAGAACCAGAGUGCUCAGCCCGGCCACAUCAGCAAGCUGAAGCUGCUGCACCUGGAGAAGAGCAGCGAGCAGGUGCCGGCGCUGGAGGGGGGCCCGAGCAGCCUCUCCGGCAGCCAGCUCUGCCUCUGCGCCGCCUCCGAGCUGCGGGAGCCCAAGGCCACGGACGGCGGGCACCCGGCCCCACUGGAGGACGGCCCGCUGCUGCAGGGCAUCAACGGGCUGCACGUCUCCCUGCAGGACAAGGUGGAAGACAGCAACCGGCUGAAGCGCUCCUUUUCCUUGGAUAUCAAAUCCGUGUCCUACUCGGCGAGCAGCAGCUGCGUGACCGCAUCGGUGCAAGGCUUCGCCUCCUCCGAGGACACGCUGGAGUACUACAAACACGCGGCCACCCUGGAGGGCAGCAGCAAGCUGUGCCAGUUCUCCCCCGUGCAGGAGGUGUCGGAGCAGAGCCCGGAGAGCAGCCCCGACAAGGAGGAGGCGGCCCGGCCGCAGGAAGCCCCGGGCCCGUGGCCGCUGGACAGCCCGGCCUCACGGCCACCCGCGGGCCGGGCCGGCGGCAGCGCGGCCGCGCCUCGGCCCCUCCUGUACCCCCUGCACCGCAGCGGCAGCGUGGAGGACACCUGCAGAACGGGCUUCGUGUUCGGGCUCUCCACCAGCCAGCAGCACCUGGCCAAGUCCGCCGCGGGGCUGGGCCUCAAGGGCUGGCACUCGGACAUCUUGGCCCCGCAGCCGUCAUCCCUCACCAACAGCUGGUAUUUCGCCGCCGAGUCCUCGCAUUUCUACUCGGCCUCGGCGGUGUUCGGGGGCGGCGCGGCCUUCCCCGCCUACAGCUGCAGCCAGCUGCCCUCGGGCUGCGAGCAGCCCAGCGCCGUGCGCCGCCGGGCCCGCCAGGCCGACCGCGGCGACUCGCGGCGCAGCUGGCACGAGGAGAGCUCCUUCGAGAAGCAGUUCAAGCGCAGGAGCUGCCAGAUGGAGUUCGGGGAGAGCAUCCUGUCGGACAACAGAUCCAGAGAGGAACUGGGCAAAGUGGGCAGCCAGUCAAGUUUUUCAGGCAGCAUGGAAAUCAUUGAAGUGUCCUGAGGGGCGGAGGCUCGUGUGACUGUGGCAGAGCUGCUUCCCCUUACAGGCCGCUCCCCCAGCGUGUGAGAGGUGCCGGUAAAUCUGAAACUUUGGGUAAAAUGGUGGGGGAGGGAAGAAACGGAGGCUUUGCUGUGAGCCAGGGAAAGGUUGGUACUGCAGGGAAGUGACCACCGCCUCUGCCCGAGGAGACCAAGUGUGCUGCUCGGCUUUCCACUCUCCUCCCCGGGAGAAGGGCAGAACAUUUCACAGACCUUUCCCGGUCAGAAGAACCAACUCUAUGCAAGGGAUUGCACAUCCUUUCAGUGGCUUUUAACAAGGGAGCUCUCUCGGUGUCAAACCCUUUCUGUGGUUCCGCUGAACCACGCUCCUACCUGUCAGAACUAGUUUUGCUCUCCCCUCCCCAUAACCCACGUCUUCACCAGUGCACCUUAGCCCUGACACUGAGCCAACCUCUGGAGGGAAACCUUUUUUCUGUAAGAAAAGGAGACUGGGAGCGAUUCCAAAGGCCAUAGGGACCGGUUACAGCAAGGCUGGUCUGAACACACCGUUCAGACAAAUGUAAAUACUGGUGUAACUAUUGUUCUAAUGGAUAGGCUUUAGGUGAUUCGCUAGAGAGCUGCUUC